CACAUAUCAUAUAGUUCAGGGUAACAAAAGCUCUUUGAAAUGGUGAGGGAACCUCAUUUACUGCUUAUUCCAUAUCCAGCACAAGGCCAUGUUCCACCUCUUCUGAAAUUGGCAUCAAAGAUUGCUGAACAUGGAAUCAAGGUCACCUUUGUUAACACAGAGUUCAUCGCGGCCAAAAUCAUGGCUACGAUGCCGGAGAAAGCUGAGAAAGGGAGCCUGAUAAGGUUUGUUUCGAUUCCAGAUGGAAUCGAACCCGAUGAUCGAAAUGAUCCGUUUAAGACUAAAGAUUGUAUGUUCAGAGUCAUGCCAGGUCAUUUGAAGGAGCUGAUCAAGAAGAUUAACCAAUCUGAUGAAUGUGAGCCCAUCAGUUGUGUUAUUGCUGAUAUUUGUCUCGGAUGGGCUCUGGAACUCGCCCACGAAAUGGGAAUCCCACGAGCUGCACUUGUUCCUUAUGGACCACCAACCUUGGCCAUUUCAUUUCAUGUUAAAAAGAUUAUUGAUGCUGGAAUUAUAGAUAAUGAUGGAUAUGCAAUGCCAAUGACUGAUGAGUGGAUAUCGAUAUCAGAGGAAACUCAUCCCUGGAAAAGAAACGAAUUCAAUUGGAGCUGUCCAGAAGAACCAAUGAUACAAAAGAUUUUCCUUGAAAUUACUUGUGCUGCCGCGGAAACUGUCAGAAUUUCCAAUUGGGUUCUUUCCAACUCAAUUUAUGAACUUGACUCGCCGAACUGUGAUUUGGUUCCAAAAGUCUUACCCAUUGGCCCAUUACUUGCAAGUAAUCAGUCUGGAAAUUCGGCUGGAAGCUUAAUUCCUGAGGACUCAUCUUGCUUAAGGUGGCUUGACAAGCAAGCAAUAGGUUCAGUCAUUUAUGUUGCAUUGGGCAGCACAACCACCUUAAAUCAGCAACAAUUUGAGGAAUUGGCGCUCGGUCUUGAAUCCUCAGGCCAACCAUUUCUGUGGGUUGUUCGAUCAAACCUUGUGAAUGAAUCGCUAACCAGAUUCCCAAAUGGUUUUAAAGAGAAACUAGCCGGUCGAGGAAAGAUCGUUGAAUGGGCAGCUCAAGAAAAGGUGUUAGCUCAUUCUUCAGUUGCUUGUUUCUUAAGUCAUUGCGGAUGGAAUUCUACUACGGAAGGAUUAAGCAUGGGAGUACCAUUUCUGUGUUGGCCUUACUUCGCGGAUCAAUAUCAAAAUAGAAGAUUCAUUUGUGAAGUCUGGAAGAUUGGUUUAGAUUUAACCCCGGAUGAAAAUGGGAUUGUUACAAGGCAUGAAAUACAAAGAAAGGUGAGAAGACUUAUCAGUGAUGAUGGUAUCAAAUCAAAUUCAUUGAAGAUCAAGGAAAUGGCUAGAAAAAGUCUUGUCGAAGGUGGAUCUUCAUUCAAAAAUUUUGAGAGAUUUAUUUCUCAAGUGAAGUCUUGUUAAUGAUUUUGU